UUUAGCGCUAAUUUGUUUUUAAAGCAUGGUAACACACUGAAACGCACGCCACACGUGUUUUAUUUUCUGCUUCUUUGACCACGGAAAAACAAUUCAAAAACUGCAAAAAUGUAUCUAAUGUACACGAUUAACGAAAACGGCGAUCGCGUUUACACCCUGAAGAAACGCACAGAGGAUGGUCGUCCAACUUUGUCUGCUCAUCCAGCACGUUUUUCGCCGGAGGAUAAGUACUCGCGCCAGAGGCUCACCAUCAAGAAGCGCUUUGGACUGCUGCUCACCCAGAAACCGGAGCCCAUUUACUAGGCCGCCGUUUAGUUUUAAUUAGUGUACAUCUUUAUUUACAAAUAAUAAGCUACGAAACAACAACAAAA